CUCGACACAUGAUGUCUGCCAUCUCGCGACCAAAGGACAGGGCUUAAAGUACCAGGUAUCUGGAGUCCAGACUCGGGUUGUGCUGCUUUUGCUGAGCAGGCGAUGAAGACGCCCGCUGCGCCUUCCCGAAGUCUGCUGCGCUUCCUGCGGUCCCAAACAGAUACGAUCUUCACCACCUCCAUCUCACCAACAAGAUCGCCGCAUGCCCGGUAUCUCAAUACGACUUCUACCCAAUGCUCUCGCAUACAAGCCACCUCUAUCGACGCUUUCUGGCAGCGUCACCGGGACGCGUGCAAGGCGCUGCCUGCCCCAAGAUGCGCUCCUCCCAACCCUCCUCAAUCUCGAAGUACCAGUUCCGGUAGCCACAGUCCUGGCUUCUGGCUGCGCUGGUUACGCCGUAGGCAAGCUACCGCGCGCUCCAAACUACCACCAGAACCUCCAGGAGGUAAUUCAAACUACGAUGAGACCUCUGCUCAGCUCUUCAAUCUUUCCCGCGCUCUUUCCAGAAACCCGACAGGCGCAGACCUAAAACUCCGAUGUACCGAAUUUGACGCAAAUGGUUCGGUCACCAUGGUCGCGGGGGAGUUCAGAAAGUCAGAAUUGAUUGCUAAAUAUGGUCUCCUCCCUCGCGACCUGAGGAAGAUCGACUCCUCUGUCCUUCCCCAUAUCCUCGUCCGUCCUACCGCUAUCCUCAUCAACCUCUUGCACCUGCGAGUCCUUAUCCAGUCCGAUCGUGUUCUCGUCUUCGACGCAUAUGGAAGCACCGACUCAUAUACCCAAUCCUUGUUCAUGUAUGAUCUAGAAGGAAAGCUGAGGCAAAAGGCGGAUCCCAGGAAUGGCUCCACGCACCUUCCGUAUGAGUUCCGAGCUCUCGAAGCCGUGCUUAUAUCAGUCACGUCUGGUCUUGAGGCAGAAUUUGCUCUAGUCCGAGACCCAGUGACCCAUAUUCUCAGCGAACUGGAAGAGGAUAUAGACCGGGACAAAUUACGACACCUGCUCAUCCAUUCCAAAAAGCUCGGCACUUUCGAGCAAAAAGCGCGACUUGUCCGAGAUGCCAUUGACGACCUCCUGGAGGCAGACGAUGAUCUUGCUGCCAUGUACUUAACGGAGCGAAAAACAGGAAAGUCGCGAGCCGAGAACGACCACCAAGAAGUUGAGAUGCUGCUGGAGUCGUACCACAAAAUAUGCGACGAAAUUGUGGAGAUAUCCGGCAAUCUGAUCAACAACAUCAGAAACACGGAAGAGGUUGUCAAGGCUAUUCUUGAUGCCAACCGCAACCAGCUCAUGCUGCUAGAAAUCAAAUUCAGUGUUGGGACGCUGGGUCUAGCGGGUGGUACUCUCAUCGCCGGCCUAUACGGCAUGAACCUGAAUAACUUUAUCGAAGAAACCGAUUGGGGGUUUGGUUCGGUCAGCGUGGUCUGUUUUGGCCUGUCAGCGGCUAUCUGCGUCUAUGGUAUGCGGAAGCUACGGAAGGUCCAAAAGGUUCGUAUGUGGGGUGAAGGAAUCGACACCAUGGCAGCUCGUGCACGAGCAGCCGGCAGAGGCAACUGGCGCAGCGAAGCCGUUGAAAGUCAGGCUCACCGCAUUGGAAGACUGAAAGGAGGCGGAAUCAACCUGGGGGGAAAACAGUCUGGACCUGUCAUGUGGCCAGGCAUGGAGGGGCUGGGUGCGCAUAGGCUACAUGGAACCGACGCUGGUCGACAAAGCGAAGUUCCCAACAAUAGUACCAACGCAACAGCGCAAGCGCACGAUCCUCGAGGGACUGCUUACGAUGAGCAUGAAGACGUCGAGACAAGGUGGAGGGGAGAGGCGCAGAAGCAGAAAGCAUUGACCAAAAAGGAGCAACACGCGCAUUCUCAUCAUCAUCAUCAUCAUCACGCUGCUCACUAUACCCACGAAAAGAAAUGAAAUCUCCCGUCACUCAUACAGCACGGGGGCAGUCGCUCGUUUGCAAGAGAAGGUGGCGGCUUCACAACACCAGCAUACGACACACGACUCUUCGCUACUUAGGAUAUUCGGGACCCAUAAUAUCGUAUUACUUGUAUACUAGCCUUCACUUCUCCUCCCUCCAGCGUUCAAGCGAAUAUCGGCGUUACAUUCAUGGGGAAAUUCAAGAAAUAUUGCAGGAUUUGGCAUUGGGGCGUGGCAUUCGGUGACCGACAGAGUGCAAAGGGGUCAAUAACGAAUAUACAGGACUCCGGAUCAUGCUGGCCAAAAGACUAGAUAGGGGGUUAUUGUGCAACAUCCUGUCUGUUAUUCUACCCAGGUAGGUUACCUAGGUAGCUCUGAUAGGCAGGUCUGGUUGUUUUGCACAUACUACGUUAGAGUCUAAUCUCCACGACUUGAAUCAAUCUACGAGGUCUGGUCG